UUGAACAUCAGCAUCCCGGAGCAUCAGCAUCUCUCUGACAUCUCACGCUGGUCCUUCAUCAUGCUGCUGCUGGUUGUUUUGCCGCUGCUGCUGCUCCUGCGUGGAUGUGUUUGUCAGGCAUCAGACGUGCCCGAAGACGUAACGGCAGAGUUCUCCGUGCGCCUCUACCACCAGCUCCAGAUCAGCAGCGGAGAGGAGAACAUCAUCUUCUCUCCGCUCAGCGUGGCUCUGGCUUUGGGCAUGGUGGAGCUGGGCGCCCGCGGCUCCUCUUUACAGGAGAUCAGACAGGCCGUGGGCUACAGUCACUUCAGAGAAGAUGAAGAGUUCUCUCUGCUGAGAAACCUGAGCCAGGCAUUGUCCACAGAUGAGGAGCAGUAUGUGGUCCGUCUGGCCAACUCGCUGUUCCUGCAGACGGGGGUCCACUUCAAUGAAGACUUCCUGCAGCUCAUGAAGAAGUACUUCAGAGCCGAGGUGGAGACGGUGGAUUUCAGCCAGUCCACAGCCGUCGCUGAACGCAUCAACUCCUGGGUGCUCAACCACACAGAGAGCAAAAUUCAGAAUCUGGUGUCAGCGGAGGACUUCAGCAGCUCCACCAUGAUCAUGCUGGUGAAUGCAGUUUAUUUCAGGGGCAGCUGGAAGAACCAGUUUAGGCCAGAAAACACCAGAACUUUCUCCUUCACCAGAGAUGAUGGCAGUGAAGUGCAGACCCUGAUGAUGUACCAGCAGGGGGACUUUUACUACGGUGAGUUCAGCGACGGCACCACAGAGGCUGGUGGAGUUUACCAGGUGCUGGAGAUGCUCUAUGAGGGCGAAGACAUGAGCAUGAUGAUCGUCCUGCCCCGUCAGGAGGUUCCUCUGGCCUCGCUGGAGCCCAUCAUUAAAGCCCCGCUGCUGGAGGACUGGGCCAACAAUGUUAAGAGGCAGAAGGUGGAGGUUUACCUGCCCAGAUUCAAGGUGGAGCAGAAGAUUGAUCUGAGAGAGUCUCUGCAGCAGCUGGGCAUCAGGAGCAUCUUCAGCAAAGACGCCGAUCUGUCGGCCAUGACGGCUCAGAUGACAGACGGACAGGAUCUGUUCAUCGGAAAAGCUGUUCAGAAGGCCUAUGUGGAGGUGACUGAGGAAGGGGCUGAAGGGGCCGCGGGAUCAGGUAUGAUCGCAUUGACCAGGACGCUGGUGUUGUACCCACAGGUCAUGGCUGAUCAUCCCUUCUUCUUCAUCAUCAGAAACAGAAAAACAGGAUCCAUCCUCUUCAUGGGUAGAGUUAUGAACCCUGAACUCAUCGACCCCUUCGACAACAACUUUGACAUGUAAAAGUCCAGCAAACGCAACGUGACACUGAAUUCAUGCUUCUCAUCCACGAGCCGCAUCCUCACCGAAACAAACCCAAACACCGCCAUGGUUUUAUAAGCGCACCAGAAAAUAUUAUACGAACAGGAUAUUUAUAUUACAAAAAAGUGAUUGUGUUUUGAUACUUGUAAGCUUUAAGCGCACCAGGAAACCCAGAGCUGUAAAUAUCUGAAGUCUCCAUCACGUCUUACUCCACACCAGCGUCAUUCAGUCCUGUAACUCCUCUAAUGUAUAUUUGCUAUUGUGUUCCGUAGAGAAACCUUGAUAUUUAUUGCAAGAAUGUGUGCACUUUUCUAUAUAUAGACUCACUUAAAGGCAGAAUUCAUCCAAAAGAUAAACUAAUUCUCUCAUUUACUCAUCCUCAACUCAAACUUGAGUUUCUGAUCAACACAAAAGAAGAUAUUUUGAAGAAUGUAGGAAACCAUUGGUAGUUUUUGUUAAUGCUAUGGAUGUCAAUGGAUUUACACAUUCUACAAGAUAGUUUCUUUUGUGUUCAACAGAAGAAGGAAACUCAUGAGUUUGGAAUAGGGGUGUAAAGAUCAACCGCGACUCGAAAAUCAAUUCAAAUAUGAAAAAAAUACUAUAGUAAAAAAAUGAACCGUAAUAUAGUACUUGAAUAUGUAGUCACACUGCACUUUGAUGUCCAUUCAGAUGCAUCUGAAUAUGCCAGACCGGAAACUCAAGCUCAUGCAACAAGUUUUGCAUGUCGUUGCCUUCCAAAGUUCAAUCUUGGUGAUCUCUGCCCUGCAAAUUACCAUUAUGUAAAUGCAUGAGACUAAUAGAAGAUCAAAAUGGGACCUCUCUGUACAGAAAUUUAAAAUAUCAAGCAAUCGCUUGUAUUUAUCAGUGUGGCAUCAUCUUACUGUAUGUUAAAACUUUACAUGCAGUAUGUAGUGGUUGAACUAGGUAUUACAUUCCAAAUUCAAAAUAUUGGGUAUAGUAUCGCAUAUACAGGUUGCCAGAUUGACAAAACCAACUGGAGCGAGUGUGCCUGAUGAUAGUGAUGACACUGCAAGCUCAUGCGUCAAGUUUUGCAUGUUGUUGCUUUCCAAAGUUCAAUCUUCGUGAACUUUGACCUGCAAAUUACUUGAAGAAACAUGACCACUCUGUACAGAAAUAUUAAAUAUCAAACAAUUGCUUGUAUUUAUCAGUGUGGCAUCAUCUUCUUGUAUGUUAUGGGCGCUGCAUGUAAAACUUUAAACUUUACAUGCAGUAUGUAGACUCGACACCUAGUGGUUGAACUGAGUAUUACAGUCCAAAUUCAAAACAUCGGAGAGGGUUUUUUUUUUUCAUCCAGCCUCUCCUCCCUCAACAUGACGCAUAUACAGGUUGCCAGAUUGACAACACCAACCGCUGCAAGCUCAUGCGACAAGCUUCGCAUCUUUGACCUGCAAAUUUGCAUUAGGUGAAUGUUUGAGACCAAUAGAAGAUCACAUGAAGAAACAUGACCUCUCUGUACAGAAAUAUUAAAUAUAAAAGCAAUUGCUUGUAUUUAUCAGUGUGGCAUCAUCUUCUUGGAUGUUAUGGGCGCUGCAUGUAAAACUUUAAACUUUACAUGUAGUAUGUAGACUUGACAUCUAGUGGUUGAACUAAGUAUUACAGUCAAAAUUCAAAAUAUCGGAGAGGGUUUUUUUUCACCCAUCCCCUUCUCUCAUUAUGAUGCAUAUAAACAGGGGGGCCGCUGGCUGGUACAGGCCCUAUGACAACAUUUUUAGGGUGUCGCGGAUGAAAGUGAAUAGCAGAAAGGAGGUUGUUUGGUGGUUCCCUAAUAAUAUCUCUGGUUGCCCCAAAACGGCGUGGGCCCUUAAAAUCGUCGUAACUUUCCCCCUUAGCGGCGCCUCUGCAUAUACAGGUUGCCCGAUUGACAACACCAACCGGAGCAAGUGUGCCUGAUGAUAGUGACAACACUGAAAGCUGCUAAAUUAAUGUUUAUGUUUGUAAUACUUAUAUUAUUUGCUAAUUAAAUUACCACCUUGGGGAUUUUUAUAACUGAAUCGUCGUCUCAUUUCAGAGAGUGCUAUUGUCCUCUAGAGGUUGCAUUUUUAAUCAUGGUCGCAUAAAUAGAGACAGCCUUCAUGACAAAUUAAAUAUGCUGUUUUCCACUGAGGCAACCUGGGGUGUUGAGAUGUAAAUGGGUAAACUGGCAGUGGGCAGGUUAUAGAGGCCAAAAAAGAUAGACAUUGUAAUUCAGAAUUCGAAGGAGUAAAACUGACUUUAGCAUUGUUUUUCAGAUAAACAAGUGUGUUCACUUAAGAUGUUUCUUAAAUAUCUGCAAAAGUUGUAUUUUUAUGCUUAAGAGCAGUAUUUCCCAACCCUGUUCCUAAAGACACACCAUCAGUACACAUUUUUGACCUUUCCUGAAUCAAACACACCAGAAUCAACUCAUCAGAACAUUAGAAGAGACCUCAAAACCUGAAGUUAAUGGGUCAGAUAAUGGAGACAUCCAAAAUAUGUACUGUUUGGUGCGUCUCCAGGAACAGGGAUUGGGAAACCUUGCUUUAGAAGAGUCAAAAACUUACAUAGAGCACCUUUAAGUGCACAGCAUGAUGUGAGAGGUGCUUUAAAAGGCAUGAGAUUUGAGUAUAACCAUCACACACGUCCAUCAAGUGUGCGUUUAUGUGUUUAUUAAAGCAGAAUAUUGGAAUGGACACAUUCUGUCCGAAUAGAACUUAUCACUGCUGUUUAUAAGCGCCCCCUACUGGCAGAGAGUGAAUCUACAUCUCUUUCAGCUCGUCUGCCGUUUCGUUCAGAUGUUUUGUGGGUCACACUUUACUAUAAGGUUCCAUUAGUUAAUGUUAAAAUCAAAAUCGAGGAUCGAAUCGUGAGUUGAGAGAAUCUUUACAUCCCAAGUUUGGAAGCACUUGAGGGUGAGUAAAUUUUCAUUGCUUUAAAGUCUUUUAAUUCUUUCCCUCUCCACCUUUGUUUGGUUUUGUACAUGGCUGAAGUACUGCUGACAUACUCAUAUGCCUUAUUAUAUAAAUAUGAGUUUUUGAUUUAAUAAAGGUUGUGAAUGUACAGGUAGUGGAGACUCAGGAGGACCGAGGGAGACUGCAUUUGGUAUAAAAGAUGUAGAAAAAAAAAUACCAGCUGUAUUCUGUUUCAGAAAAUAAAGAUGAAUGUCUA